AUGGUGCCAUCACGCAGAUUGCUCCUCAACUUGAUGUGCUGCCUUCUGCUGGCAGCAAGCCCCGCACACGCAGGACGUCCCGCCUGGAAGUGGCUUGCCGAACCGUCCGACAAUACGUUCGUGUCUGAGGAAUCGACAGAAGUGCUCAGUGGUCCAAACCGUCGUGCCGAACAGACGCUCGAUGAAUCUUACCGGCUUCCCAACAAUACCUCCCCGGUACACUAUCAUCUCGCCCUCCGUACGGCAAUCCACGAAAACGACCGUCAAUUUAGUGGCACCGUGUUGAUUCUGUUCGAUGUGCACGAACCGAGCACAACCGUCACAUUGCUUAACCGGGCACUAUCGGUGCAACGGGCGUUCCUGCACGAAGUAGCCACCGGUGGUGUAGCGGGACCGCAGAUCGAACAACUUGCGCACGAGACCGAUUCCCGCACGGAACAUCUUACCCUAACGCUGUCUCAAAUGCUUCCGGCCGGAUCGCAGUACUUCCUGCGCAUCGAAUUCCAAGGCACGCUGCAGAACAACAACAAUAUGGGUUUCUUCGCCUCGUCCUAUCUGGACGACAACCAAAUCCGUCACUAUCUGGCGUCGAGCAAGUUCGAACCAACGCACGCCCGUUCCGCGUUCCCGUGCUACGAUGAACCGCUGCUGAAGGCAACGUUCGAGCUGGAACUGACACACUCGAAGGAUUACCAUGCGGUGGCAAACAUGCCCGCCGCCGGCGCACCCGUUCCUGAUCCGGAUAAUGCCGAUUACGUGACGAGUCGGUUUGAAAAAUCGCCCAAAAUGUCCACCUAUCUGCUAGCGUUCGCUGUGACCGAUUUUUCGAUUCGUACCGCUGACCGGCAGACGGUUUACGCGCGCUCGAACGUUUUCGAGGAGACGGCCUUCCCGCUGGAGGCGGGAAACAGGAUCCUGGAUGCGCUCGGUGAUUAUAUGGACAUUCCGUACUAUGAUUAUAUGCCUAAGAUGACUCAAAUUGCGAUCCCCGACCGUGGUACAGGAGCGAUGGAAAAUUGGGGCCUGGUAGCGUAUGGUGAGCCUGUCCUCCUAUUCAAUCCGGCCAUAAACUCCUAUCGCAACAAGAAGAGCGUUACGACGAUCAUUGCCCACGAGUUCGCUCACCAGUGGUUCGGUAACCUGGUCAGUCCGCACUGGUGGGAGUACAUCUGGCUAAACGAAGGCUUCGCCACUCUUUACGAGUACUAUGCAGCGCAGCUAGCCUACCCAGAGGGCAACUACUGGGACCUAUUUACGGUGGAGGUGAUCCAGAACGCAUUCGGUGCCGAUGCAAGCGAAACGAUCCGCCCGAUGAACUGGAACGCGGCCUCACCGAGCGAAAUUGCCGCCCUGUUCGAUACGGUCGCCUACGACAAGUCGGGUAGCGUGCUGAACAUGUUCCGUAUGGCACUUGGUGAUGACGUUUGGCGCUUCGGGUUGAAGGCUUACAUGUCCGCUCGACAAUUGGAUGGUGCGACAGCGGAACACCUUUACUCCGGACUGCAGGAAGCACUCGUGGCUAACGCUCCUACCCUACUGCCAGCCGGUGUUACCGUCCAUCAGCUAAUGGAUUCGUGGACGUCAGAGCCUGGCUUCCCGGUGCUGAAUGUUUACCGUACAUACGGAGACGUUAAGCAGGAAGCAAUUCUUUCGCAGGAACGUUUCCUCUCCAACAAAAAGCUCCCGAACACGCAUGUGUACCUCAUUCCGUACGAUUUUACCACUGCCAAUCAGCCCGAUUUCGAACCUACUCCCGAAGGAUACGCUUGGCUUUCGUCUAAGGCCCAAAAAAUUGAAAUCAAUGUACCGAAAGAUCAGUGGAUUAUUUUUAACCGCCAGCAAACCGGGUACUAUCGUGUCAACUACGAUGCACACAAUUGGGAGCUUCUCAUCGAAGCGCUGCACGCCAACCCGGAACAGAUCCAUCACCGUAACCGGGCACAGCUGGUAAACGAUGCCUACAAUCUGGCACGGGCCGAACAGAUCGAUAUUGCCGUUCCGCUGCGCUUGAUGCAAUAUCUACGCAAGGAAACGGAAUACGCACCGUGGACAGCGGCCGGUAGCGCUCUUACCUUCUUCAACAACAAACUACGCGGUACGGAACACUACGACCAUUUCCUAGUGUACGUCAACCGACUCUUACUCGACAUCUAUCCUACGCUGACUGUCGAUAGUGUCUCGGACGACGAAACGCUACUACACAAAUAUCUCAAGCAGUUCAUCACCACGUGGGCUUGCCGGAUUGGGCACAGCGAUUGUCUCACGAAAAUGAAGCAAGCUCUUACCGCUGCGCACCAGGCCAACACCGUGCAUCCGGACAUUGCUACCGCUGUCUACUGUAAUGGGUUGGCCACCGGUUCCGAUGAAGAAUUUGUUUGGGUGUACGAACAGUUUAAAAAUUCUCGCAACCAAGCACACCGUACCGUGCUAAUCGAUGCGUUAGCCUGUGCGCGCAAUUCGGACCAGCUGUCCGCUUUGCUCCAGGUGGCUCUUGGCAGUGGCAGUGAGUUCGAAGCGAUGCUUGCAUCUGAACGAACGCGUAUCGUUUCCGCUAUUUACGGUGCUAGUCGGGAAGGCGUUGAUGCGGUGAUCGAUUUCCUGAUGGUACCGGGUCAACUGACCGAUUUCAUACAGCGAUUGGGACAGUCGGCACUCAACAGUGCCGUAUCGAACAUUGCUUCCCGUACAAACAACCAGCAGGAGCUGGAUCGUUUGAAUCAACUGCUGAGCAGCUUGGGAUCAACGGUUUCUGAAUCGGUGGCCGACAGUGCCCGCAGUACGGUGCAGAAUAAUUUCAAUUGGUUCACCAGCCUGGAGGGAUUGGUAGCGGUGGAGUUCUUCCAAAAAGUGGCAACCACGCCACAGGAAUUGUGAGAUGAUAAA